AUGGACCGCCCAGCGGCCGAGGGGCCCCCCGCCUGCGCCCCUCGCCAGGUCCUCAUCAGUGUCUACCACGGCCGCGACCGCGGCCCCUGCCGCCACGUCCGCCCCUCCCCCGCCCGCCACGACCGCCGCCGGCGCCCCCCUGCGCCUUGGUCUCCGCCCGCUGCCGCGCGACCUUCUCCAUGUACUCCCUCUCCUCGUCGCCGGUGA